AUGGAAAAGGCAAAAAAAAGUGUGGAGAUUCUGGAGACGGAGCUCGCUGUGCUCAAGGAGGCGCUGGACUCCGUCCAGAACUCGCCCACGGCUUCCUCCGUCAAGCAGGAGUUUCCACAGACACCCAACACUCUGCCUCGGUCGGAUCUUCAGGAGCAGUAUGACAAGUUGGCUCUGUCUCACGCAAAACUCAUCAAGCUUCGCAAGGGCGAUAUCAAGUCCGUCAAUCUGUGGAAGGAAGCACUACAGGACCACAAGGGCCGGCUCAAGGAGUCACAGGGGCAGGUCCUCGAGCUGAAGAAAGAAAACCAGAUUCUGAAAGACGAGAUCCAGGAGCUCAAGAAGAUCAAGCAGGAGCAAGAGACAGUGGCCAUCCAGACGUCUCAGACUUGUCCCGACUCAGACGAAAUCACCACGGAGCAGAUUCGGGCAGAGGCUGGUGAGCCCGUGGAAAUCACAAAUGAACUUCUCAGAAGCAGUCCGCCAUUCGGCAAGAAGGGGUUGCUGAUCAAAGACUCGAUUGAUCUGGACGCUGUUGAACACAGCUCGCCGUCAGUAUCUCGCGAGAUAGAUCCUGAUCUUGAGAACGACACCAGACGACACCAGGGAGUUGUGUUCAAGCAACCAAAACCCACCAAUCUCAUGCAGUGGCUCAAGGUGAAGGAAGAGAAUAUAGGCCAGGACACGACGAAAUCCAACAAAAGAGACGUAGAGGUUGUUGAUCUGGACUCACAGGGUAGCCCCAAAGAGAAGACCAAGAAGUCUCGAAAGUCAUGUCCUGCUCAAUACCAACUCACAGACUUCGUCAUCAACCCUGCAUUCAAUGGAGACCUGGAUUUCGCAUAUGCUGAGACUGUAAGAGGAUCGAGACGGCAGUGCGAGCAUGGAGGCGAGUGCCGUCAGUGCGACGAGUUCUACAAAAUGGCUGGACCUGGAAUAGUGUCUGCUGCUCCCCAAUGGAGUGCGACUGAAGAUAAGGAAAGAGGUCGCAAAAUGGACAUCGAAGAAACAAUUAACGCAAGCAGCAGACACAGAAACAGAUGGAAACGGGCUCCGUCGCCGCCGGGAUUCUGGAGAUCGGACUUUCCUAGUACCCAGGAGAUUGUCGAAGAGAAGAAGCUCGCUGAGGAGAACCGCAGAAAGGAGAUUGAAAUCAGAUACAAGAGUGCCGUUUCGGGCGGCAAGUGGAUGUUCAGAGACCAGGGGAAGCAUAGAAAGGAGUAG